UCCUACUUCAUCCCAUCCGUUCUUUUGCUUCAGCCCAGCCGUCGCCCUCCUUUCCUCUGAAGCCACGAUUUCUCUGAACCAAUAGCCUCUCAAGUCUCAUCUUACGCCGCCCAACCCACAAGCCCUCCCCCUCUGCCAUAGCCAGCAUCGUCUCAAUCUCAUUUCAGUUUUUUAGUAUCUUCUUCAACCUCUCUCUUAUCUCAGUCCUGGCUCUCGCUUCUUCACAGACGACCUUCAACCUCAAGCUCGCCGCUCCUCGCUGUUUUAAAACCUACUACGCUGAAGCACUGCCCUGGAUAAGUUCCAACUGCCCUGGAUAGGCUCCAACUCCUAAACUGCUAAGCCCUGGUGAUCUGGUUCAAGCCUUCGCCUUUGUUUCAUCCUUCAACGGUUCUAUGUUUCUUUUUUAGUUAUCUGUGCUCUAGGGUUUAAGCUAGAAAUGCCUUCAAAGGCGAAGAAGCAUUCAAAGACAGUUUCAGGGCUUUCAAAUUUUGAUCAAUCUUCGUCUCCUGGAGCACCAUCGUUGAUUUCUUCUGCUGAUUUAGAAAUUCGUGAGCAGGAUCUCAUCCUCUCUCUAGAACAAGCAUCAACCAGAUUUCCUUUUAUGAUUGGGAAAUCUGCUUUCAUUGGUCGAGUCACUGAUGUCGUUUCUGAGUCAAGAGGAUGUAAAAUUUGGCUUUCAGAGUCUUCCAUGGUUGCUUCUUCCCUUUCCCCUGGUUCCGUUGUAUCGGUUUCUCUUACUGCUUCAGAGAGAAGCAUUUCUAAUAACUUUCCUCUCAGCUCAAUAUUAGAUGAAUGUACUAGUCAGUUCAAGUUUGAAUCUGUGGAUCAAACAGCUAAUGAGUUAGGAAACUACUUUGCUUUCGCUAUGGUUUUUCCUUCCAAUAAGGCUUUGAAGGAUGGAGUGCGGUUGUCUUCAAACCUUUAUUGUACAAUGGGAUGUCCUGAGUCAGGAAGGUUUGUAUUUAUUUACCCUAUACAAAGUCAAUUUCUAACUGGUCUGGGAAAUGGAGAUAAUGAUGUACAUGAUAGAAAAGUUGAUAGUCUCAAAGUUCAUAACUGCAAUGAAUUGCACUUGGAGCUGGUUCCUACUAAGAAGAGGGAAAAAUUGAGCAAUGAUAUGAUCUCCAUGAUGAAAUCUGCAGAAAAAACACAUGAGCAAUCUGAAAAUGGGAAGAUUUCAUCCCCUAGGACACCUUUGUAUCAGCCAAAGCUAAUCUCUACUAGUCCUAGUCAAUUAGUUUCAUCAAGAUGUGAAGAAGCAACAUCUAAUUUAUUCAAUCUAAGCACUACUUCUGUUGAUUCGUUUGAUAUCAAAGAGUUCUUAAAGGAUGAAUGUGGCAAGCAACUUCUGCAGGCUUGUGCCACUUCAUGGUUAUAUUCUCGUAUUUUAAUAUGUGGAAAUCUUGUGGCUAUCCCCAUACUUUCGGAGCUUUGCCUUUUCCGUAUCACAAGUUUGAAUAAAAUGCUGGGAGAAUGUACAAAUCAAGAUUUGAUGAAAGAAAGAAGUCAUAGCAUAUAUCCUCAAUCUCAUGAAUUAGUAGACAACAUGAUAGAUGCUUUUUCCAUAAAACAUGAAACAAAAGUAUAUUUACAUCCACCAAUGAGUUUGGCAACUGAAACCCCCCAGAAGAGUGGCCUUCCAUUUGAGAGAAUUGACCGUGAGGGUUUGAAAAACAUUCCAGGACAUGAUAUAUCAAAAUUAGGUGGUCUACCUAGAGAAUAUGCAGUUUUGAAGGAUAUAAUUAUGUCAUCCAUGAAGAACUCUUUGUCAAGUCUUGGUUUACAACCAACAAAGGGAGUGCUUCUUCAUGGCCCACCUGGCACAGGAAAGACCUCUUUGGCUCAAUUAUGUGCUUUUGAUGCUGGUGUCAACCUUUUCUCUGUGAAUGGACCUGAGAUAAUAAGACAAUAUCAUGGAGAAAGUGAGCAAGCAAUUAAUGAAGUUUUUUAUUCUGCCAGUCGAGAUGCACCUGCUGUGAUUUUUAUUGAUGAGUUGGAUGCUAUUGCUCCUUCACGGAAAGAUGGAGGUGAAGAACUUUCCCAAAGAAUGGUAGCUACAUUGUUAAAUUUGAUGGAUGGGAUUAGAAGGACUGAUGGACUACUUGUAAUUGCUGCUACAAACAGGCCUGAUAGCAUUGAGCCUGCACUGAGACGGCCUGGAAGACUCGACAGAGAAAUUGAGAUAGGUGUUCCAUCUCCUAAGCAACGACUGGAUAUACUGAACACUCUUCUCAGUCAAAUGGAGCAUUCUCUUUCAGAAAUGCAGGUUCAAAACCUUGCUGUGGCUACACAUGGCUUUGUGGGUGCUGAUUUAGCUUCCCUCUGCAACGAGGCAGCCUUAGUUUGUCUUAGACGAUAUGCCAAGUCCAAAAAGUUGUAUGAUAUUUUACAUUCCAACGAGUCAUCUAUUGCAUAUGAAUCUCAUCUUGACAGUAUGAUAAAGGAAUCUGAUGGCCUGGUUGAGAUGCAAGACGUUUGUGCAGAUUCUAUUGGAACAGUUUCUGAAAUUUCAGAUAGCAAUGAUAAUGGGGUUAGUUCUAGUUAUAAGGAGACAUUUUUGGUGGAAAAUUUUUUUUUAAAAGUCACUUUCGAAGAUUUUGAGAGGGCCAGGAUGAAAGUGAGGCCUAGUGCCAUGCGGGAGGUGAUACUUGAGGUUCCAAAAGUUAAUUGGGAAGAUGUAGGCGGCCAGAGGGAGGUAAAAGCUCAACUAAUGGAAGCAGUGGAAUGGCCUCAAAGAUAUCAAGAUGCAUUCCUGCGCAUUGGUACUCGUCCCCCAACUGGGGUUUUAAUGUUUGGUCCUCCUGGUUGUAGCAAAACUCUCAUGGCACGUGCAGUAGCUUCUGAAGGUGGACUAAAUUUCUUUGCAGUAAAGGGUCCAGAACUUUUUAGCAAAUGGGUUGGUGAAUCCGAGAAGGCUGUGAAGUCCCUUUUUACAAAGGCCAGGGCUAAUGCCCCUUCAAUCAUAUUUUUUGAUGAAAUUGAUGGUCUUGCUGUUAUUCGUGGGAAGGAAAAUGGAGUUUCAGUUUCUGAUAGGGUUAUGACUCAACUUCUUGUCGAAAUGGAUGGUUUGCAUCAAAGAGUUAAUGUUACUGUUAUUGCUGCUACUAAUCGUCCUGACAAGAUUGAUCCAGCCCUUUUGAGACCAGGACGCUUUGAUCGGCUUCUUUAUGUGGGACCUCCUAACGAGACUGAUAGGGAAGACAUAUUUCGUAUCCAUUUGCGUAAGAUUCCAUGUAGUUCAGACAUCAGCAUAAAGGAGCUAGCUCAUCUUACUGAGGGCUGUACUGGAGCUGAUAUUUCAUUUAUCUGCCGUGAAGCAGCUAUUGCAGCCAUUGAGGAGUGCAUUGAUGCUUCUGAAGUAACAAUGCAACAUUUAAAGACUGUAAUUACACAUGUCCAGCCAUCAAGGGUUCAGUCUUAUCAAGACCUAUCAGCUAAAUUUCAAAGGCUGGUUCACUCUAAUCAUGGACAUGAUGAAUUACAAAUGCAAGAUAGCUCAACUGGAUCAAUCUGGUUUCCCAUCCGGACCCUUAUAAAAUCCGCCAUGCAGUUCUUAUAUCAUUUACUGGCUCCAGGCUCAAAAUCUUCGAGUCAUGCUGCAAGCUAACAGCAUGUCCCUCUACAAGUAGCGGUAGACAACUAAACAUGUCCUUAAUCCCAGUGGCGUUGAAACUUUACCAAUUGCCUGCCAUGAACAUGGUCUUCUAGGGGGUGAGAUCCAGAAUUCAGAUAGCCCGAUCAUGGUGGUAAAUAUCAUCACUACUUAAACAUAGCAUACUUAUGAGCAAAAUAUAGCUGGAACUUAUUUAUGAGACAGGGAUGGUGCAAAUUUUGUAUGGCUUUUUGGGUUUGUCUCGUCAAUUAUUGAGUGUAAGUAACUUCCCUUGGAUAUAUGAAAAGAUUGAUUGAUCCUCAAAAUUCAGAGCCCAGUUUGUCAUGGCCUUUCAAGACAGUCCACUUGAGUUAUGGUUUCAGAUUGAACAGAACAGUUGGGGCAGUAUGGGCCUUUUGAUGAUAUCACAGCUGCAACUUUAGUUUUUGCUAUGAUGGUUUCAAUUGAAAUUUCAGUUUUACUAUGUUGAUUUUGACAAUUUGUGGAAAGAGAUUGCUGAAAAUGUGGUGCUUACCUCUCUGAGAGAUACCAAUAUAAAAAAUUCAAUUUCUCUUAUAUGAAAUCAUAGAAAAGAAUUAUGUUCUUUUGA